AUGACGUCAAAAAACGCGGAGUCUCUCAAUGUAUUAUUUAAAAGGGAUCGAGAGUUACCCAUUCUCGCACUGAUUGAGAAUAUCCGUACGAAGCUGCAGCAAUGGUUUCAAGAUCGACGUGCGAAAUCACAUAAUUGCACAAGCGUGCUAGCCCCAGCACAAGAGGUAAAACUCUUCAAAGCUGUAGAGGCUGCGAGAAAGUUAAAUGUCGAACCACUAGACGAGUCGCGCUUCUCUGUGGAAUGUGCACGUCAUACGACAUAUAUGGUAGAUUUAAGUGAUGGAACAUGCACUUGUAAACAAUUUCAGUUAGAGAGUUUUCCUUGUGAGCAUGCAGUUAUGUUGGCUAUGUAUCGAGAAUUUGCAGCGAAAACGUUGUGCUCUCCUUAUUACACUGCUGAAAACUGGAGAGAUGCGUAUGUUGAAACCAUAUUUCCGCUUCCAAACGAAGUCGAGUGA